CGGGGUCCGGUAAUCUGGAUGCAGUUGGUAUCAUAUGCUAUACAGGUGUGCGGCCCAUCAUCGAUACAAAAUCUGUCUUGUAUGUCGCUCUUUGUGAAGGAGUGACAGGAUGGAGUCGACGCGGUGAUCUCCGCGUGUACCCGCAUGCUUUUUGCAGGGCCCGAAACAUGCAGGAUGUCGUUGGCUUCUAACACGCUAGUUACACGAAUCCCUCGCUUUACCCCGUAGAAUUCGACCUGCGAGUUGCAACACCUGCCUGCCUCUACGCAAAUACACCUAGAUUCCAUAAACCCUGGACUGCAUAUCUGAAAAAUGGGAAAUAUACUAUCGAGAAUUAUUGGCCUACUUUUGAGCGGUGUCAAGUCAAUUUGCAUUCACUUACGCUCCGUCUUUUCGAAUGCAUGGAUGAAGGAUUCAUCUCCUGAUGCAACAUCCGAUUCUGACCAGAAUGCCAACAUAAUUCCGCCUUCAGAGUCUCAAGAGGCGAUACCUCAUGGCAGUUCUACUGCAGAAAGUAACGGCCCUGUCUUGGAGGUAACGACACACUCGCCGCCUGACCUGAGCAGUGCAGAAACAGCUCCAGAACCCCUGAGCUGCGAUUCUGAGGCGGUUUCUAUAUUCCCAGAGCCUCACGCCCAGGAGGACCUCGCUUUCCCCGUAGUCACCAUUUCUGCCUGCACUGAAACGGGCCAAGAAGAGUCGUCGAUCAAAGUUCCAUUCCAACGAUCCUACACCGGUCGAAAGCCCGUAAUAUCAUCCUCCCUCGCCGACACUCCGUGCGCUACCCUCGGUGUUAUGGGCCUCUUAGAUCAACUGAACACCACCCUCAGAACAUCACACACCCUGGACACUCCAUCGAUGUCCUCCACUCUCGAAGACUGCAUCAAGAAUAACUACGACUUUGGGACUGCAUAUGGCCGUCUCCGCGCGGUAUGGGGCACCAAAGACUGGAAUACCAUCCAAGAUGAGAUACGUACACGCGAAGCUCGGGACCAGGAGAAGCGACGAAAUGCACUUGUCGAUAACCGGAUUGUCAGACCGGAAUUGGAACCUCGACGGGUCUGGGAUCUAUACGCUAAUCGGGUGGUACCAUGGUGGAGCAGCAAUGCGUCUCUACCCAUGAUCCCGUCAACUACGAAUGUUCGGCCGGUAUCGCAUGCGUGGAUGGACGCGGAGGAUCGCGUCCCCGUCUGGACGCCUAUCAAUGGGAAGGAAUGGCCCGUACCGAUCCCAAAAGAUGUCAGCCUUGACCGAAUCCGCAUCGAGAUGCUGAAUCUGGGAGCGCAAUACACGUGGUUGGAUGUCCUCUGUUUGAGACAGGAGGGCGGGCCAAGCGAGGACCUGCGUGCAGAAGAGUGGAAGAUCGAUGUGCCCACUAUCGGAGUCGUGUAUGUGAAAGCCAAAGUCGCGAUCUACCUGAGUGGGCUGGGGCGGGCCUUUACUUUGAAGGAGGGCGACUUGGACAGUGAUCGCUGUUGGUUUAGACGCGCGUGGACACUACAGGAGAUUGGCAGGGAGAGGAUCAUUGUCGGGGAUACACCUGAUGGACCGCUGCAUGCGAAACCAAUAGACAAGUAUGGGAACUAUGAUGCUGAGAUACUGACUAGGUUUCACAAGCAGCUGCAGUCCAUCAGCACUGUCUAUCGUCCGCGGCUGUCAGUCUCCGUGACGUUUGAGAUCCUGUCAGAGAUGCAGAGCCGGGUAUCCACCAAUCCUGUGGACAAAAUCGCGGGACUAGCAUUCCCUCUGAUCACCACGACGAUACCGACAUACCGAGAGGGCGAAUCUCUCGAAGAUGCAUGGACGGAAUUGGUGAAUGAAAUGUCUGUGUGGAAUCGGGGCGAGCUGUUCUUCUGGUAUCCUGAACCAGGAGAUACAGACACGAAGUGGAGACCCUCUUGGGAGCAGGUCAUGAAAGCACCUCUGCCUGCGGGCCCUGCAUUGAAAAGGUACUUGUGCGAGGAUUGGCCGCGCGAAGUGUGGAAGGGGUUAGGCGACGUGGCAAGCUGAUCAUUAAAGAUCCCAAUCUGACGGAACAUACAUUCGACAUCAUUGCACGUCACAAGUUCCCGAUACCUGAAGACAUCUACACAUUGCUUGGUACGGAUGGAUUCGAUCUCCAACUGGUUCCCAAACGAUAUUGGGUUGUCGGGCGAAGACUAUCUGACGAAAAGUUUG